AGUCGUGUCGUGUCGAAACCUAUACGUGGUUUUACUGUGAUUUAUUUAUUAUUAUUUAAUAAUUAUUAUUAUGAGUUCGUCAACUAUGAGUUAUUUAUAUCGACACAUAAUUCAAAAUGAAGAGAUGUGAGAACAUUUUUUAAGCAUACGCGGUUUAUUACCAAUUGACGACCAAACAUGUACAAAAAUUAAAAACCAAACAAUUUGUGGUGGCGAGUUAAAAAAAGUUCUGAAAAAUAGUCGAAAACGUGAUUCGGAAGGUAAUAUUUUGAAAACAAUUUAUAAUCGAUGUACGAAAAAAGGAUGCCAAACAUUUUAUUCCAUACGCAAGAACAACAACUUUUUUACAUAUAUGGAUAAAAAUGGGAAGUGUAACAGUGGUUUAAGUUUGUGCGAUAUCGUAGAACUUGUUUGGUAUUGGGUAUUUCAAAUAAAGGUAACACAAGCCGAGGUAUUUACGAAAAAAUCAAGAUCAACUAUAGUUGACUGGUAUAAUUUAUGUCGAGACGUAGCAGUAGCUGAAUUUCAAAAACGUAAAAAAAUGGGAGGUCCUGGUCUAGUUGUACAAAUAGAUGAAUCCUUGUUCCAAGGUAAAAGGAAAUAUAAUCGUGGAAGAUUACGUCUUGGAGACCGCAAACCCGAAGAAAAUGAAGAUGAAAAUGAAGAAAGUUCAGAUGAAGACGAAGUAAUAAGUAAUCAAAAUUACGGACAACGAAUUCAAGGGCCAUGGAUUUUUGGUUUGUGUUGUAAACAUGAUGGCAUUUUAGAGAGACGUUUUUUUAAAGUUGAAAAGCGUGAUCGAAAUACAUUACUGCCAAUUAUAUUAAACGAAGUUGAACAAGGUACUACUAUAUAUUCCGAUAAAUGGCGGGCGUAUUCUACUUUAAAUGAACAUGGGUUUAUCCAUAAAACGGUCAAUCAUUCAGAAAAUUUCAUUGAUCCAAUAACUGGUGCUGAGACCCAAACUAUAGAAACUCUUUGGAGACACGUCAAAAAUAAAUAUAACAUUAAAACCCGGGGAGCGACUAACAUAUUACAAUCCCAACUUCAAGAAGAGUGGUGGCGCUCGUGCCACCAACCAACUGAAGACCUGUUUGAAGUAUUCCUUGGAGCGAUCAAAAAUACGUAUACAUAACUACACAGUAUAAAAAAAAUGACAAAGAAGAAAUUCUGCAUUAUAAAGGUAAGACA